UAUUUUUGCAUGCUCUCUUGCACCAUAACAUUAACACACUUUCAACUGGUGUUGAGUAGCUAGUUUGCAGAUGGCCGUCUCUCUUCCAGACCCUUGUCUGUCUAACCCCUGUCAAAAUGGAGGCACAUGUUUCGUCUUGGCCUCAGACCCCGCUGAGUUUCACUGCUCCUGUCCCCCCAACGCCAAGGGACCAGUGUGUCAGAGACAGCACAGAAAGGUCCCCAGAACUUUUCAAAUGUUUGAGGCAUGUUGGCUACCCAAACCAGAGAACAGCUGUGAAGGAGUGCGGUCAUUUCGCCGCCGCUGGGCCUUCAAUCCGACUACUGGUCUCUGUGAAGAUUUCCUCUACUGCACUGGAAACAGCAGCAACAACUUCCCCUCCUUUAAUGCCUGUAGGGACCAGUGCAUGUUAGGGGCAUGCUGCCUCCGCAAACCAAGGAAGGCUCAUCCCACCAGUCAGCUGCAUUACAUUCAGGAUGAAUAUAACAUCUCCUAUGUGAACAGGACUCCUUUUGGAAAUGGCAAGCUUGAUUUGGAGGAUGAAAUGUGGUACAGCAAUGCAGAGUUCAACCAUACUGAGCAGGAGGAUUUGAAAGGAAGCCGCAAAACGACAGAUUGUCGAAAGGAUCCAGGUUUUACUUACAUCUGUGAUUACCUCACUGUAGCACAGUGUCAAGCUUUGGUCAAGGACCAAGCUGGAGAGCCACAAGUAGUAAGCUACUCUCCUGGAGUGAAAUGCUCUGACAUGAGAUAUGGUGGUGGUUGUGGACGCUUCUCCCAACGCAAGCUGAGGAGAUACAGAGAAAGGUUCAGGCAAGGCUGUGGAGACCCGAUUUGCACACAGAGUGGCAGAAAUAACUGUAUGUGCAGACACCUGGUGCAGCGUAAAGAAAUUAGAGAUCUUACAUUGAGGGAACGGCGGUUGUACCAACGUGCGAUCAGGAAACUCUCCGCCAGGCCAGCAUUGUGGAAGAGCUUUGCGCUCCUGAGAGCAGAGUUCUCCCCUACAGCUGGUGAUCAUGCCUUCUUCCUCCCUUGGCACCGCUACUUCCUGCGAUUAGUGGAAUAUGAGCUGCAAUCACUGUCUUCAUGCAAACUAGCAAUUCCUUAUUUUGAAUGGACAGUGGAUUCUGGGUCAAUGGAGUCUUCAGCUGCAUGGCAGGCUGGAUUGUUUGGAGGAGAUGGUGAGCCAGACUCAGGCUGCGUCCCACAUCACCCUUUCCAGGGCUUGGUGUCCCAUUUUCACUGGAUCCCUUGUCUCAAACGAAGUUUCAACUCCUCGAUAUGGCUGCCAGAAGCAGUGACCUUACAAAGGACUAUAAACCAGGCAGACUUCCAAGUGUUCUCCCAGUCUCUGCAAACCUUCUCAGGGCUCUUCAGGCUUUGGGUCGGGGGUCACAUGGCUUCACCUCUGGCUGCUUAUGACCCUUUGUACCUGUCACACAUGGCAUUCAUGGACAAGUUGUGGCAACAGUGGCAAGAAAAACAUCAGAUUUCAUCAAAAAGACAAACUUUUAGAGAUGACCACUAUAAGAGGGACAUCCUCUACCCUGUAAGUCGGAGGUAUGUGAAGAUGAGCCCUUUUGAUGUUACCCCUGAUGACGUGAUUGCUUUCCAGCAGCAGCCUUGUACUGUGUAUGUGCCCAUAACCAUUGGUGCACCUUGCAAUGUGACAUCUUUUCAAACACACCCUCAAGGAAGUCCGAAAUAUCAAAUGCGGAGCUCUGACAAGCACAACUCUAAUAGUUCUGUCACCAGGGUCUUUGACAGCCGUGGUUUUGACCAACAUGGAUAUGACCACAAUGGUUUUGACUGGAGUGGUUGGGACAGGUGGGGUUAUGGCAAAGAUGGUUUUAACCUGGACUUCAUUGACAGGGAUGGAUAUGACGUGUUUGGUUUCAACCGCUAUGGGUUCAGCCGUUCUAAUGUCACUUGGUUUGGAAUGCAUAGAGAUGGGGUGUUUGUGGACAAAAGGACAGAAAAGCAUAAUGGAGACAGGACUUAUAGAAAGACACACAGAGAUAACACAAUGUCCAAACUCUUCAGCGACAGAGGCUACAGUAGGUAUGGGUUUGAUCCAUUUGGCUUGGAUCGUGGAGGGUUUGAUGCAUUCGGCUUUCGAACAGAUGGUUAUGACAAGGACAGCUGCAAUUGGUUUUUCAAUGGACCGCACUACCUUCGGAUCUACUUCCACACACAGCAACAGUUGAUGUCAUCCAGCGACAAAGCUUUAACCCGCAUCACCCGUACGUGCCCUCACAUCACCUCCCUGCCCCAACACUGGGCCACACAGGACUGGAUGACUUUUGGUCCAGCCAAGAACCUGAAUGGUCUGCUAGAGCAGGACCAGGAGGAACCAUACAAGCCAGAAAAUGUUGAUACGGUUAAGGCAACUAUUCAAAAUGGGAACUCUAUAUGGCUUCCAGUCACACCGGAUCACAGGUUUUGUUUCAAGCUCCACUGGUUCAGCGGCUGUCCCCUUGGCUCAGCACCUGUCACCUGCCCCGACCUCUGCCAAGAUGCCCGUUGCCGUGGUUACCCAGAGGCUGUCUGCCACAUGCACAAUUGUGGCUCUUGUUUCAUAGAGUGGCAUGAUCCAGCAACUGGAAACCAUGUGAUAUGCCAUGACUGGUAACCACUGGACUGCCUGAAAAAGAAGUAAAAAAACAUAAGUUACAGACAUAAAAGGAGGAUGAAUCACCAGCUGGUGCUGUUGUACCUACAUUAUGAGCUCAGACAAAACAGGAAGCACUUCAGGAGGAGGAUAACUUUUAAAAGGACUGCCACUGGAAGUGAAUUUGACAAAAUUGUCAUUGUCAAUGUUAAAAAGUUACAAUGUGAUAUGAAAAAGUUUACCUCAGUAAAAGAUGAUCCACCAUGAA